CUGGAUUGCAAUCACGGGCGCCAUCUUGGGGAGACCCCAAAACGCCAGUGACAACAAUCUCAGGCGCAUCAUUAUGGGAUUACUCACCUCCAAAUAAAUAAGGGCUCGGGUGAUCUAGGUCUGCAGUCAGCCACCUACCGGAGGGACCAAGGGCGUCCAGCGAGUCCUCCGCGCCGCCCUCCGCAAGCCAGUCCCCGGGUUGUGGAGGUCUGGAUGGCCGGCUAGCCGUCAGCAGCCAGCUGGGUCUGCGCGGCGCUCCUCUCCGGACUCGACAGUGGCCUGCUCCGGAGGAAGGGUGGUGACGGCGCACUGCAAUGCAAUCGGAUCGUCGGUCCCGUCUAAAGACACCAUCUGAACCAAGAGUCUGCGCGUCGGACGACGGGAGCGCGAUGCGCUUUAAUCUCGUACGCGCUUAUCUUUAAGAAACGGAUCCCUGAGGGUGUGUGUGUGUGUCUGUGUGUGUGUGUGUGCGCGCGCGUGUGUGCGUGUGUGUGUGUGUGUGUUUGCGUGUGUGUGUGUGUGCGCUUGUGUGUGCUUGUGCUACAGGGUUAGCCUGAGCGCAGCGUCGCGCCGCCGCCUCGCAGCCGCCGGCCUCGGACAUGUCAUCCAACUGUGCCAGCGCGGCGCCCCUGAGCGCCAGCAAGACCAAGACGAAAAAGAAACACUUUAUAGGGCAGAAGGUGAAGCUGUUCCGUGCGAGUGAGCCCAUUCUCAGCGUGUUGAUGUGGGGUGUCAACCAUACGGUCAACGAGUUAAGUAACGUGCCUGUACCAGUAAUGCUGAUGCCAGACGACUUUAAAGCCUACAGUAAGAUCAAAGUGGACAACCACCUAUUUAACAAAGAAAACCUUCCUAGCCGCUUCAAGUUUAAGGAGUACUGUCCCAUGGUGUUCCGAAACCUGCGAGAGAGGUUCUGCAUCGAUGACCAGGACUACCAGAACUCUCUGACGAGGAGCGCCCCGCUCAACAGCGACGCCCAAGGUCGCUUCGGGAACCGCUUCCUGUCCAGCUACGACCACCGGUUCGUCAUCAAGACGGUGUCCAGCGAGGACAUCGCCGAGAUGCACAACAUACUGAAGAAGUACCACCAGUUCAUAGUGGAGUGUCAUGGCAACACAUUGCUGCCGCAGUUCCUGGGUAUGUACCGGCUGACGGUGGACGGCGUGGAGACUUACAUGGUGGUCACCCGGAACGUAUUCAGCCACCGGCUCACGGUACACCGCAAGUACGACCUCAAGGGUUCUACGGUCUCAAGGGAAGCCAGCGAUAAGGAGAAGGCCAAGGAACUGCCGACCUUCAAGGACAACGACUUCCUGAACGAGGGCCACAAGUUACAAAUAGGGGAUGACAACAAGAAGUACUUCUUGGAAAAACUAAAGCACGACGUGGAGUUCCUGGCCACGCUGAAGAUCAUGGACUACAGCCUGCUGGUGGGCCUGCACGACGUGGACCGGGCGGAGCAGGAGGAGAUGGAGGUGGAGGCCGGCGGGGACGAGGAGGAGUACGACGACGGGAUGGGCGGCGGCGGGGGGGGGGCGCUCCCGGGCUCCUUCGGGACCCCGCCGGACAGCCCCGGGAACCCGCUCAACUUCGGCGGGUUCUUCGGCCCGGGGGAGUUCGACCCCUCCGUCGACGUCUACGCCAUCAAGAGCCACGACGCUGCUGUGAAGAAAGAGGUGUACUUCAUGGCCAUCAUCGACAUUCUCACGCACUAUGAUGCUAAGAAGAAAGCUGCACAUGCUGCCAAAACUGUGAAACAUGGGGCAGGGGCGGAGAUCUCGACGGUGAACCCCGAGCAGUACUCUAAAAGAUUCUUUGAGUUCAUGUCUAACAUCCUGUCAUAGACCCACCGGGCUCCCUGUCCGACCUGUCAAUCACUGACAACCACCAAACAACUUCAACCCAAGUACACGAACCACCACCCCUAGCAAACCCCCCUUUCCCCUGGCUUAGACCCUGCGUCCCCCCGUCCCCCCCCCCACAUACUCUCCUGUAGGAGCCCUUCCAUGGCCAGGACCACAGACUUGACAGGAGGGAUGGGAAACCAUGCUGUUACACUGAGGCAGGGAACUGGACUCUUUCUAGGGAAAAAACAAACAAAACACAAGCAAUGUGCUCUCCUCUCCCCUCCCUUCCCUUCCCAAGCGACCCCUCUCCCCCCUCCUUCUCCGUCGCACAGUGUAACGCCCGAACGGACAACUCGACACGCAGAAUUUGGACAUUUUAGUUGGGACUUCUCCCUGGCCUCCAUUUCUUCGGUCCAACCCCCCCUACGCCCACCUCGAUCUCCCCCCCCCCCACGCCAGCACGGGAACUGUGUCACUAAUGCCUUGAAUGAGUGUCCGCUUCUGCAUUAAGCGCCUCGUUAGUUCUCUCUCUGUUCAGUUUCCAUUCUCGUUGUAGUAUUUCUUGCACAUAUAAAGAACACAGACAUGUGUACGUACGCGCACACACACAAAACAACCGAUGCAGAAUAGCCAUAAUCGCAUGACAACUGUUCAACCUAUAGCCACAAGGCUUUCGUAAACAAUAACUAAAUAGCAAAACAAAUUGGAACAGACGACAACCGGUGAUCGACUUAUGAACAUAUAAUGGUUUUACGUAAAUGAAUGCAAUAUAAAAAAAAAAAAAUGCAUGGCUGAUAUGUACAUGACUCCACCAGUAAGCUGAAACAAUGACCUUAGCAUCUGAGUGUAAUGACUAAAACAAAUACCUAGGUGUUUAAAUGUUACGUUGCCAUAUUGUUUUUGAAUAUUUCAGAAAUUUAAAUGUGAGCUCGGAGGUUUGGACGAUGGAAGAAAAAGAAAAAAAAAUGAUCUAAAAAAAUGGGGAAUUCUACAUCAAAUACUUGUUUUAUUACCAUAAGAAUCAUUUUUAUAUCUUGUUUACAUUAAUGUAGCAAUUUUGUGUUUGUAUACAGUAUUGUUUUGUUACCAGACAUUAGAAAAGGUUACUUGAAAAUGAUUCAUUGCAUAUUAAAGGGAGUUUUAACUUGGACCACGACUGGGUGUGAAAAAAGUAUUUUAUUUCAAUUACUCAUCGUUUCUAUUGCCGCUUUAUACAAGGACAUUUGUGGGCAUAACAGUGGCCAAACUGUCCCGUAAAUAUUGCAGAGAGCAGUUUUAUAGACCAGGAGAAUACUGAAUGAUUUAACCUUUCAGUGUUUGCAAUAGAUCCAAUUUCACCCUCAGUUUCGGGUGUUCAUGAGCCAAACAGACAAAUAGAUUAUGGUUGAAUGAUAGCGCAUUUUUAUUAUUAUUGUUGAUCCCUUUUGUGUGCUACAAAGAAAGACAAACCAGAACAGAUAAUUGGCCCAAAGGUCUUUUAUUGACCAAUAUGAAUAACAAAAAAACAUACAAGCAUGGGGUAUUUUAUACAAAUCGGGUAGUCGUUGAGGCUGCGGAGUAGAAGGGCUCUAGUCCAUCCUGGCUUUCAGGGUGCGUGUGGUAAUCUUGUCCUUCUCACUGCGAGGUAGAGGAAAAAACAGGAUUUAUUUUUUAUAGCGUCAUCCGAGUGUGACCUAUGAUGUUCUGUACACAGUGCCGGGUAAUAACGCUCCACUUACAUGACUUGUACAACCACCCCCAUGCCGGAUACGGCAUCACGGUCCACGGCGUUCAGCAUGGCCUGGGAGAUGGUCUCAAACAGGUCCUCAGGCUCCUGCACACAUUAAGACACGUUUCUCAGAUCAAUGAUCCCAAUAUCAGAUCUGCUAGAGGGCUGAGACUUGACAUCGAUUGAGCAGUGAAGAAGUAUUUGAAGAUGCAUGUAAUCCAAUUGAUACAUUGCAAAAUUAAGAAAUAAUGUAACGCAUGUCAUCUUUCCAAUAUCUUGUGAGGUAGGUCCACUUUAUGGACGCGCUUCCUGUUUUAAAAUGGUCUGCUUUGCAUAACAAAUUCAAUCUGAUGCUUCGAGGGAGCGGUUGCAAUAACACAAAGCCGGAAGACGAAUGGACAUGAAUGCAAAGUUGCCCUGCUUUUAUUACUGAAAGCAAAACAAGUUUUAUAAUCCCCAUCCCUUUUCUUUUCCGGCCGGGCCAGACAGGGCCUUAAUCUGCACGUUAGUGUUGAGCCCCAGCCCUCUGCGCCACAGCACACUCACCAUGUCGGGCUCCCACAGAGACUCGCACAUGCCGUACAUCUGCUCGGAGCAGGUGCCGCUCACGACGAAGUCCUCGGUGACCAUGGGGCAGCCGAUGAGGUCCAGCGAGCAGAUGAAGGGUUCGAACGUCUUGGGGUCGAGGCCAGCAAUCACGGGCUCGAUGUAGUAUGGCCCGAACCUAACGAGAGGAACACACAGGUGUUCUGUUAGCACAACAGCACUUGCGUUGUUCCUUUAGACUCUUUUUAACUCUAAAAAUAAAACAAGAUGAAACUUUUUUAAUUUGAGUCGAGUUUAAACAUGGAUUCUAAUUGGAUGGACUCCUUGUUGUAAGGCCUUGAAUUAAUUUAAUUACAGGAUAUAAACCGUAGUUGGUUCUAUCACAGGACAGGCAGCCUGCUUUCAAGCUGUUCCCAUGACUACCUCUUCCACACUUACAUUUUAUAGAGUCAAAAUGAAUGCACCACAACACACACUAUCAUUUAACAGACCCACACCUCUUCUCGUAGAGCAGGUUGGACACCAUGCUCAUGAAGGUUUUGGGCUUGAUCUGGCGCCCUUCUUUCAGCUCGUAGAGGUUCAGCCUGAACUUUAGCCUCUGGGAUCUAAACAACAAAAUGACAGCAAAUUACAAACCUCUCUACACAAUCAUGUUUUUAACUUAUGACAGCGAUUAGGGGAUUACUAUUACCGAUGUAUUUAUUAUUGGAUGUAAUAUUUCGGAAGAUUAAAAAAAUAAAUAAAGCAUUUGUUAACAAUAACCCCAUCUAUUAUUUUAUCGCCUUCUUAUAGACAUAUGACGACGAUCGAAUAAAUGUAUUCAGCUGACCAUCCACAGUUGAGACUUCAGGACGGAUACUUACACUGUCUGUACAUCAGUAGCCAGUCCAGCCAGGCCAAUAUAAAGCCUGUCUCCCAUGGGAAAGAUCUUCUGGAAAUCUGUUGUGACCAUUUGAGCCUGGACGCCAAAUCUCCGGUCUGCUGCGA